GUUCAAAUCAUAGUCAUAUGAGAGGAGUUCAUAAAUAAUGUAUAAAAUACUUAACUAAUAUACGGAAGUGUUGUCUUAAAUGGCGACUGAAAAUAUUGUUGAUCGGAUACAGGACUCGUUUUUGUCGUGUACGAUAUGUUUUCAGCCAUAUAAUAAACCGAAGGCAUUGCCGUGUCUUCAUACGUUCUGUGAGGGCUGUUUGAGGGAUUAUGUGACGUCAAGAUUCGAGGAUACAGGACAGUUUCCGUGUCCAUUAUGUCGCCAGACUAUAUUCGUACCCCAUGGUGGAGUUUCAUCCUUCCCUGACAACCAUUUUAUUGUUGGUCUCGGGGAUACCGUAAGUACAUAUGAUGUUCGUGGAAAGUUACAGCGCAAUCACGAAUCCACCCCAUUGCUAUCUGGCACAAAAACCGAACACUUUGCACCAGAGACGUCAAAUAAGCUAAUCCGAAGAUUUGGUAACUAUGGCACCCAGUCGCACGAGUUUAUUCAAGUUACAGGAAUAACUGUCUCACCCGUUACUGAUGAUAUAUUUUUAUCUGAUUCAGUCUUGAAUAAAAUUUCAACAUUCUCAUCAUCUGGGAUAUUUCGUGGUAGCUUUCAAUGUGACUGUUCUGUGAGAGAUAUUGAAAUAACACGUGGAGGAACAAUACUUGCUUCUGUUAGUCGAUCUGGAAACGCCAUUCUACGUGAAUAUACCACGGACGGACGGAUCCUCGCUUUUCAUGGAACAUUUUAUAGUCAGGAAAAUCCAUUUGGUGUUGCACUGUCGAAGUCAAAUUAUGCAGUGAUAACAGGACUACGUCAAAAUUGUGUCCAUGUGCUCACACAAAAGCGAAAACCUUCCGUAAGGUUUGGUUCCCGAGGUAAAGGCACGCACCAUUUCACGUCACCGUAUUAUGUCACCGUCAACAACAAGGACGAAAUUGUGGUGGCUGACACUGGUAACCACAGAGUUAAAGUCCAUAAACUAGACGGUAGUUUUAUUCAUGCAUUUGGAAAGCAUGGGUCAAAGCAAGGAGAGCUGUUUUAUCCGAUGGGAAUUUGUGUAGACAAAUAUGAUAAUAUAUACGUUGCCGAUGCUAACAAUUAUCGUGUUCAAGCUUUUAGUCCGGAUGGAGAAUUUUUAGGGUACCCAGUUAAGGACACCUUCGAGUACGGCAUGGACGUGAAGCCUGCGAAUGUUAGGUUCAGUGAAGACAACGUCCUGCUGGUAGUACUUUCAGGCUCAAAGUUUUGUCAGAUCCAUACAUACUUGUGGGAUGUGGAAAAGCACAAACCUCGUCCGAAAUCUAGUUAUUUAGAUUUAUUUUUGUGUUGCAAGUAAUACGUUUAGUAGAGUAAAUGUUACAAGUGAUUUUUCAAACUGCUGACACUCUUUAAGAGCAACAAACUAUAUAUAAACAAAGCAUUUGAGAUUUUAUUUUCAUUUUUAUGUUAGGCCUACUGCUUUUUUUAAUUACACCAUGUUUAUGAAAUGUUAAUUUAUUUUUGAAAAGUUUAGAAUGUUUGUUUAAAACCUUAUGACCGGAAUGCAUAUUUCCGCUGGCCUCGUGGGGUUAUGAGAACUUCAGAGUACAGUCUCGAAUCUAAGAUAUUUCACUGGUCAACAUUCUUUUCCGGUUUCUAACCAAUCAAAUACCUAAAAUAUGAGUUUGAUUAUCUUCAGAUUAUCUUUGACCUUGGUUCUUUCAUUUUGUAAGUACAUAAUUAUAUAACAUCUUCGUUCAUGUAACUACACCCUUUAUACUAGGUUAUUAUAUGAUCU